ACACGGCCCCGCGCCGUCCCGCCUCUUUCCGGCUUGGCCGAGUCGCUUCCGCCCCGCAGUGUUGCCCGGCUUCCGCCCCGCAGCGAGAUGAGCUGGCGGAGGGGGGAGCACUUCCGGAGCAGGGGGCGGCCCGCAGGGGACAUGGAGAGAAUGAAGCUGCCCCCCCGGGGGCCCCGACUGGAGCUGCCCCUCUCCAUGCUGCAAGUGGGCUGCGCCGGACGCUUCGAACUCAUCACCCGGCCGGAGGGGCCCGACGGGGACACGUUCCCCCUCUGCACGCUGCCCCACGGCCUGCCCCCCUACGCCAUGGACCUGGCCUCGGAGCUGGAGCGGCGCUUCCUGGCCAGCCCCGAAUGGCUGCCCCUGCACCGCUUCGACAGGGCCCCCAGGGUCUGGCCACGGGAGAAGGACGUCUGGUCGCUGUUGGAGACGGACCCCACCCCCGUGCACUCCACGCUGCAGACGGAGCGGGACCCCACCACGGGGCAGAUCCUGGCCUUCAGAGAGGCGCCGUUGGACAACAUGGGGCUGUCGGCCAAGAACUCGCUCUCCUUCCAGCGGGCACCAGGGCCCCCUGCCCAGGCCCUGCGGGGCAGCAGCACCAACUACCCCUUCUGGCCAGGUGGGAUGGACGAGCCCAGCAUGGAGCAGAUCAGUGCCAAAGAUCACCUGGAGGAGGACAUCGACUUCGAGAGAGACUUGCUGACGGUGCCGCCGGGCUGGAAGAAGGGGGUGGAGUUCAAGCCGCAAGCUGCGGCACUCCAGGCUUCCCCGGGGCUGCUGCCCCUGUCCGGCCUGCUGGGGGCGCUGGACUCCUUUGAGCUGGGCGGCUCCAGUGACGAGGAGGAGGAGGAGAAGAGGAAGACGAAGGCCAAGGGGCCAGGGGGGAAGGAGGGAGAGACGUCCCCAGCCCCCACCCCGGCCGUGCAGAGGGCAGACAGCCUAGAGGAGCUGGUGCUGAAGGAGGUGACCCCCGGGCCCCCGCCGCCCGUCCAGGCUGUGCCCCCCCAGCCCCCCAAGGAGCAAUGGGCGAUUCCCGUCGACAUCUCCUCGCCUGUGGACGACUUCUACAAACGCAUCCCCGACCCGGCCUUCCGGUGGCCGUUCGAGCCAGAUGUGUUCCAGAAACAGGCCAUCCUGCACCUGGAGAAGCACGACUCGGUCUUCGUGGCCGCGCACACCUCGGCGGGGAAGACGGUGGUGGCCGAAUACGCCAUCGCCCUGGCCCAGAAGCACAUGACCAGGACCAUCUACACUUCCCCCAUCAAGGCUCUGUCCAACCAGAAGUUCCGAGAUUUCAAGAACACCUUUGGGGACGUGGGGCUGCUGACGGGGGAUGUCCAGCUGCACCCCGAUGCCUCCUGCCUCAUCAUGACCACCGAGAUCCUGCGGUCCAUGCUGUAUAACGGCUCAGACGUGAUCCGGGAUCUGGAGUGGGUGAUCUUUGACGAGGUUCAUUACAUCAACGAUGCAGAGCGCGGCGUGGUGUGGGAGGAGGUGCUGAUCAUGCUGCCGGAGCACGUGAACAUCAUCCUGCUAAGUGCCACCGUCCCCAACACGCUGGAGUUCGCCGACUGGAUCGGGCGGAUCAAGCGGAAGCGGAUCUACGUGAUCAGCACCCGGCGGCGCCCCGUGCCCCUCGAGCACCAUCUCUACACGGGCAACAGCCACAAGACCCAGCACGAACUCUUCCUGCUCCUCGACGCCCGCGGCACCUUCCUCACCAAGGGGUACUAUGCGGCGGUGGAGGCGAAGAAGGAGCGCUCCAGCAAACACGCCCAGACCUUCGGGGCCAAGCAGCCCACACACAUGGGCACCGGGCCGGGCCAGGAGAAGGGCGUGUGGCUCUCGCUGAUGGAUGCGCUGCGGAAGCGGGACCAGCUGCCCGUGGUGGCCUUCACCUUCUCCCGCGCCCGCUGCGACGACAACGCGUCCGCGCUCACCACCCUCGACCUGACCACGAGCGCCGAGAAGAGCCAGAUCCACCUCUUCUUCCAGAAGUGCCUCUCCCGCCUCAAGGGCUCCGACCGCCAGCUGCCCCAGGUGCUGCACAUGGUGGAGCUGCUGAAGCGGGGCAUCGGGGUGCACCACAGCGGGAUCCUGCCCAUCCUCAAGGAGGUCGUGGAGAUGCUCUUCAGCAAAGGGCUGGUCAAGAUCCUCUUCGCCACCGAGACCUUUGCCAUGGGGGUGAACAUGCCGGCCCGCACCGUGGUCUUCGACUCCGUCCGCAAGCACGACGGCUCCGGCUUCCGUGACCUGCUGCCAGGUGGGGGAUCCCCUCACCCGCCAGCCGCCGCCCCCCAGGGGACCCCCCUUAGCCGCCGCUCCCGGGGACCCCCUCACCCGCCUGCUGCCCCCCAGGGGAAGCCGACCCAGCUGCAGUCCCAGUUCCGCCUGACCUACACCAUGAUCCUGAACCUGUUGCGGGUGGAGGCGCUGCGCGUGGAGGACAUGAUGAAACGCAGCUUCUCCGAGUUCCACAGCCGCAAGGACAGCCAGGCCCACGAGCACACCAUUGCCCAGCUGAGCCGCCGGCUGGCCGCCAUGGAGGAGGUGGACACGAGCGGGCAGCUGAGCGACCUGCCGGAGUACGGCCGGGCCGUGCAGGAGCUGCAGGAGACGCGCCGCAUGAUCCAGAGGCGGGUGGCGGAGUCAGCCAGCGGGCUCAAGGCUCUGGCCCCGGGUCGAGUGGUGAUCGUCAAUAACCCGGCUCACCGGAACGCCCUGGGGGUGAUCUUACAGGUCUCCUCAGACGCAGCCAACCGGACGUUCACCACCCUGGUGCUGUGUGAGAAGAGCCCUGAGGGGGGGGACACGGGAGGGGGCAGCCCCACCCCGGAGGCUCCCUUCCCCGACGACCUGCUGCUCAACAAGCUCUUUCUGCCGGAAGGUAGGGGGCUGGGAGCCCGGACGCCUGGGUUCUCUCCCCGGCUCUCGGAGGGGAGUGGGGGCUGGUGGCCCCCCACGGUGCUGCGGGCGCUGCGCUACGUGGACGCGGGGGGCGCGGUGCAGCUGGCCGGGCGCGUGGCCUGCGAGAUCAGUAACCACGAGCUGCUGCUGACGGAGCUGGUGUUCGACAACCUGCUGACGGAGCUGCGGCCGGAGGAGAGCGUGGCCCUGCUCAGCUGCCUGGUCUGCCAGACCAAGAGCCAGGCCGAGCCCCCGGUGCCCAGCGUCCUCCGCAAGGGCAUGGAGCGGAUCCGGGCAGUGGCCGAGCGCAUCGCCCUGCUGCAGCGGGAGUGCGGCCUGCGGGAGUCGGUGGAGGAUUUCGUGGCCCAGUACAACUUCGGCCUGGUGGAGGUGGUGUACGAGUGGGCCCGCGGCAUGCCCUUCGCCGAGAUUGCCCGGCUGACGGAGGUGCAGGAGGGGAUCAUCGUGCGCUGUAUCCAGCGGCUGGACGAGACGUGCCGGGACGUGCGCAACGCGGCCCGCGUCAUCGGGGAGCCCACGCUGCACGCCAAGAUGGAGCAGGCCUCCAACCUCAUCAAGAGAGACAUCGUCUUUGCCGCCAGCCUCUACACGCAGUGACCCCGCCAUGACCUGCCACCUUUAACCUCUGUGAGGUCAGCGUCCCCUGCCCUCUGACCCAUCACCCCCCGGGCAAGGCGAGAGCACGUGGACUGUAACUGGAUCAUGCUGACAUUUCACCCCACUGUGUGAUAUGGGGGGGGGGGGCGCAUGGGGGUCAGCCUCUGCCCUGUGACCUUUAACCUCCCCUGGGGUGGAAGGCUGUGACCUUUCACCUCUAGCCAUGGAAUCUGGCCUCUGCCCUUUCACCCCAGCUGAUAGGUUGGGGGGCCUAGCUUUGACCUUUCACCCCAUGGCAGCUGGAGGUUAGAGUCUGACCUUUGCCCUGCAGCUCAGGGGUCAGUGGGUGGCAGCAGCCCUGACCCCCUCCCCCCAGCUCCCCUACUACUGGCUGACAGCGGGGCGGGGGGGAGGGGUGGAAGGUGAGGGAUUGUGGGGGGGAGACGAGGGCUCCGGUGCCCCCCCAGGGGCCUCUGUGUCCAACCUGUUAAUAAAUCUGUCUCCAGCCA